UAAAAUUGUUCGAGUAAAUUUGCAUUCUUAAAAACAUUAAAAAACUAUAACGUUUUAUACAAGUCAAAAACUCGCGUCUUAUAAUGCAUAUUAUCAGCUUACUUGUUAUUGUGAAUACACUAAAAAUACACAGAGUAAUUGCUGAAUCAAAUGAAAAAAUAAAUUUAAAAUUCGCAAAAUCUAGUGAUAUUGGCGGGUUGGAUCACAAGAAGCAAUCAGAUAUGAAAUUAUCAGUGACGUCUUCAGAAGUUUGGACAGGACAUUCACAACAUCAUCUGGAUGGUCAACUUAAAAAAAUUGAUGUUUACUCACCCUCGUACGAUCAAGUACAUUCGACCCUCAAAUCGAUUUCAAGCACUCAAAGUGUACCAACAAUCAACAGACUUCUACUUGAUCAAUUAAUCAUAGUCAAAUACAAAAAUAAUAAUUCCAUCAAACUACAGAAUCCCAAUUUAUAUGGAAAAAAUGGUUGUAAAGAAAGAAGAUGUUUCAUAAGAAGAAGGCUAGAGGCAUCGGAUAGCAUGAAAAAAAAUUUUGAUGCAAAAAAGCAACGCAAUAGUUCAAGGAAGUCCAGAACAAGUUAUAACCAUUUGAGGAAACGUUUUGCUGAAGAUAAUAAUACGCGGCUAUCUUUUAUGGAAAAUUCGAAAGAUAGAUAUCAAAUGGUGACCCAUGGUCCAGCUUUUCCGCAUCAUUUACCAUUUGGUCCAUCUAGAUUUCUUGGCGUUACUCCGAAUGAAAAGAAACCUCUUGAUGAACAGGACAAUGCAAAUGAAAGUGAAAAAAGCUUAAGAAGAGAGGAAGAGAUUCAAUUUCAAGAAGAACAGAUCGAAACAAAACCAAGAGAAUUGAUGCUGAACUAUUUGUCCAAGUCGUCCAUGAUGGAUAAAAUAAUAUCUGAUAUCUAA